AUUUUCUCGUUAAUCAGGUCUCGCUCGACCCCGUCCAUUUGAUUGAACCAUUCCACUCAUAUCUAGUCCAAGUGCAACUUAUUAUGCGACAACUCAGGGCGGUAUCGUUGCGGCUUCCAAACCUUCAACAUCUCUUCAUGCCAAUCUCAGCUGGCUCAUAACGCGUCCACUAGAAGUGCACGAGAAUCACAUACCUUAAAAGGUAUACGCUACUCGACAGUACUUUGCUACACCGGAAGAGAACGCUCCAUAAUGUCGCAGGCAGCGGCGCCGACGUCGCCGCCACGGCCUCUCGAUCGCAAGUAUCACGGCGUAUCUAGUAUUCGCGACUACGAAAUCGAGCAGAAACUCGGAGAGGGCACGUUUGGUGAAGUAUAUAAAGCGCGAGCAAUCAGAGGAGGGGCGGUUGUGGCGCUCAAGAAGAUUUUAAUGCACAACGAGAAGGAUGGCUUCCCAAUCACGGCAUUGCGUGAGAUCAAGCUGCUCAAAAUGCUGAGCCACAAGAAUAUCAUUCGCCUCGAAGACAUGGCCGUCGAGCGGUCUAAAGAAAAGAAACGGGCUAUGCUUUAUAUGGUGAUGCUGUACAUGGAACAUGAUUUAUCCGGACUAUUAGACAAUCGCGACGUAAAGUUCACUGUACCGAUUAUCAAAUGCUACAUGAUCCAGCUGCUCAAGGGCUUGCGCUACUUGCACAACUCGAACAUUCUACAUCGCGAUAUGAAGGCGGCAAAUCUGUUGAUCAACAACCAAGGGAUUCUAAAGAUUGCGGACUUCGGCCUUGCGAGACAUUACGAUGAACCAGUACCGCAGCCUGGGAGGGGAAAUGGCGAAGCACAUCGAGAUUACACUACGCUUGUGGUGACAAGGUGGUACAGGCCACCAGAAUUGCUGCUCCAGUUACGAAGAUAUACACCUGCGAUCGAUAUAUGGGGGGCUGGAUGUGUCUUUGGUGAGAUGUUCAAGAGAAAGCCAAUUCUGGCUGGCAAGAGCGAUCUCAACCAGGCAGAAAUCAUAUUUGAGCUUGUGGGCUCACCCAAUGAAGAAAACAUGCCCGGAUGGAGAGAAUUGCCAGGUUGUGAAGGUGUCAAGCAGUGGGAAAAGCGGCCUGGCAACCUUAGGUCGGUCUUUAGAGAUAUCGGAGACGAUGCUAUCUCACUCCUACAAGAACUCCUCACGCUAGACUGGCGCCGAAGGAUUAACGCGCACGACGCACUCGAGCAUCCAUACUUUAAAAAUAGACCUUUCCCUGCGGAACCGCAUGAGAUCCCCCACUUUGUCGACUCCCACGAACUUGAUCGCCGGCAUGGACGAGGUGCACACCAGGAGCUGCCACCAGCACCACAAGGCGGUGCCGUAGGCGGCGGUCCCAACGAUUGGGUGGGUCCUAACAAUGGCGAUCAGUGGGCAAGCGGUGGAGGUCCACGGAUAUCGCGAUAUCCGGCCGCUGUAGGAGGGGCACCAGGCAGAAGUCGUGUGCCCCAAGCAGCUUAUAACCACGAACACAGACCUCAUCAAGCAGACUACGAUCGCAGACGCGACAUGCCGCGCUACGGUGAAGCACACGCAGUUCGUGCACCACAUCAUCUGCCCCCACCACCGGAUGGCAUGCGCCAUGCUCUGCCUCCACGACCAGACGGGCUGCCUCCGCGCCCGAUAGAUGCUCGAGGACCUCCUUUGCGCGACAACCGAGAUCGCGAUAGAGCCCCAAUAGGGCGAGCACCGAAGCCGCAAAGCAACGUUGAUACGUACAUACCAAACUAUAGCACCAACGGUCCACCGCGACGCGAUGACCGACGGUCAGUAGAGCGCGACGAUCGGUACUCCAGACCUACCUCUAGAGGAGAUGAUCGCGCUGGUGCUCCUGUGCCGUCAAGGCUGGAUUAUGAAGAGCAUGAUCGUCCGACACAGCAACGAAGAACAAGAAGUCGGAGUCCUGAGCGACACCGCGACCGUGACCGGGAAAGAAGGGAGAGGGAUAGAGAUCUGUACCGCAGAUGAUGCAGUGUCUUUGUCUCGCACUCUGCCUAUGCGCAAAGCAUUGGAUUGGAGGAGCUUGUGCCCAUGUAGUAUUUCCUGACCGAGUUUGACCCUUUCCCCAUCUUCACUCGGUUACGUUUGGUAUUUGUAAUGAGCGUUUGAGACAGGCACUCUAAGAGCACCAUCGGUUCAGCUUUCGGGAAGCAUUGUGCGAGUACACGUACUGAUUGUAAACUUGAACCACGAAUUUUUGAUUUUGCAAGGCGCUCUAUGGAAUGGAAAUGACGGAAGAGUACAGUUUAUCAGCAUAGCGAGAGGGCUACGUUUUAAUGCCUACUCCUUGACAAGUGGCAAAUACAUAAGAAUUGCCAACGA